CCAAAUGCCUAGACCUAGAAAGAAAUAAUGAAAUGAAAUUUUAGUAUAUUUGGAUUAGGAAAGAAAAACGCGGGAAAGGUCAGCUGCCUCUCGUCUCUUCCUUCUUCACUUGAGUUAUGCCAAGAAAUUCCACCGGAUUUCACCUUUGCUCUGGUUCCAGAGUACAAUGUCGACAUAUGUCUCUACACUCUAUUAGCAAUGUUACAUAAUGCUCAACUCUUGAAGAGUGUUCUAAAAAGAGACUUUUGAUAUGAUCAGUUCGCACCGAACAAAUGCAAUUCAAAAACUUGCCAGUGUUGGGACUUUCCAAGUUCAGUCUUCUUUUAAAACAUCAUUCAAUGCCGACAGCAUCAUUGAUGCCCGUAUUAUCAAAACGGGAUUCGAUCCCAACAUAUGUCGCUCAAACUUCAAGGUUAUGGAUGCUGUUCGAAGGGGCAAUAUAUCUCAUGCACAUGGCUUGCUUGAUCAAAUGCCUCACAAGAAUACUAUCACCACUAAUCUCAUGCUUUCUAGCUGUGUAAAACAAGGAAACAUUUCUGCUGCUAGAGAAUUGUUUGAUAGCAUGCUUCAACGGACAGCUGUAACAUGGACAAUACUUAUUGGUGGUUACUCACAACGUAAUGAUUUCUCCGAGGCCUUUAAGCUUUUUGCUGAGAUGCACAGGAGGGGAACACAACCAGAUUAUGUGACUUUUGCAACCCUCUUAUCUGGAUGCACUGAUGUGGACAUUGCCUGUGAAGUAGCUCAAGUUCAUGCCCAUAUUAUUAAAUUUGGGUUCAAUUUGGUCCUCAUGGUUAGCAAUACAUUGAUCGACUCAUAUUGCAAAACAUGUUGUCUUGACUUGGCUUAUAGGGUGUUCAAGGAAAUGCCCAUGAGAGAUUCUGUGACGUUCAAUGCAUUGAUAACAGGCUACUCAAAGGGCGACCUUAAUGAAGAGGCAAUUAAGCUCUUUUUGGAAAUGCAAAAUUGUGGCUGCAAGCCUUCAGAUUUCACUUUUGCAGCUGUGUUGAGUGCUGGUAUUGGUUUGGAUGACUUAAAAUUUGGGCAACAAGUCCACGGGUUUGUGGUGAAGACUAAUUUUGUUUGGAACGUCUUUGUGGGCAAUGCAUUGCUUGAGUUUUAUUCCAAACAUGACUAUCCAAUUGAAUCAAGGAGACUUUUCAAUGAAAUGCCUGAAUUGGAUGGUGUUUCUUAUAACAUAAUGAUCACUGGUUAUGCAUGGAUUGGGCAGUUCAGAGAAUCUCUUGAUCUAUUCCAAGUGCUGCAAUCUACCAAGUUUGAUAGAAGGCAAUUUCCAUUCGCAACUAUGUUAAGCAUAGCAGCAAUUACUUCAAACUUAGAAAUGGGUCGGCAACUCCAUUCCCACACCAUUGUGACAACAGCUGUUUCCGAAAUUUUGGUUGCGAAUGCCUUGGUUGACAUGUAUGCCAAAAGUAAUAGGUUUAAGGAGGCCAAAGCAAUAUUUUCUAAUUUGAGCCACAGAAGUAAAAUCCCAUGGACUGCCAUGAUCUCAGCUUAUGUUCAGAAUGGUCUUCAUGAAGAAGGCCUAGAAUUGUUUAAAGAAAUGCAAAGAGAAAAUGUUAGUGCUGACCAGGCCACUUUUGCUAGUAUCUUGCGAGCCUGUGCAAAUGUGGCAUCACUCUCUCUUGGAAGACAGUUACAUGGAUCUUUAAUUAGAUCAGGAUUCAUAUCCAAUGUGUUCUCUGGAAGUGCCCUUUUAGAUAUGUAUGCAAAAUGUGGAUCCAUGAGAGAUGCAAUUCAAACAUUUCGAGAGAUGCCCAUGAGGAAUCUAGUCUCUUGGAAUGCUUUGAUAUCAGCUUAUGCACAACAUGGAGAUGGUGAGGGCACUUUUAGAUCCUUUGAACAGAUGGUCCAGUCAGGAUUUGUACCAGAUUCGGUCAGCUUCCUUAGUGUUCUAAGCGCCUGUAGCCACUGUGGGCUUGUAGAAGAAGGAUUGAAGUAUUUCGACUCCAUGACUCGCUUGUAUAAACUUGUUCCAAAGAGAGAACACUAUGCAUCAAUGAUUGACGUGUUGUGUAGAAGUGGACUCUUCGAUAAGGCAGAGAAGUUAAUGGCUGAAAUGCCUUUUGAGCUUGAUGAGAUCAUCUGGUCAUCAAUACUAAACGCAUGUCGAAUUCAUAAGAAUCAAGAAUUAGCAACUAAAGCAGCAAAUCAGCUUUUCAACAUGGCAGAACUAAGAGAUGCUGCUCCUUAUGUAACCAUGUCAAAUAUUUAUGCAGCUGCAGGUGAGUGGGAUAGUGUUGGGAAAAUAAAAAAGGCCAUGAGGGAGAGAGGGGUCAAAAAGAUAACAGCACACAGCUGGGUUGAGAUUAAACAUAAAGUUCAUGUAUUCACAGCAAAUGAUAAAAGCCAUCCACAGAUGAGUGACAUUAAAAGAAAGCUUGAUUCAUUGGCUAUUCUGAUGGAAAAGGAAGGGUAUAAACCUGACACAAGCUGUUCUCUACACAAUGAGGAAGAGGAAAUUAGAUUAGAGUCCCUAAAGUAUCAUAGCGAACGGUUAGCAAUUGCUUAUGCACUUGUUAGUACACCAGAAGGGACGCCCAUUGUGGUGAUGAAGAAUUUAAGAGCAUGCACAGAUUGCCAUACCGCAAUUAAGUUCAUCUCUAAGAUUGUCCAAAGGAAGAUCACAGUCAGGGAUUCAAGCAGGUUUCAUCAUUUUAGAGAUGGCUUUUGUUCUUGUGGUGAUUAUUGGUGAUUUAAUUUUGGGUAAAUUAUUGUAUAAAUACCUAAUGUUUUAGAUUUUAUAUACUUAAAUACUUUAUUUUUAUUUUUGGAGGUAAAAAUACCUAAUGUUAUAAU